AUGUCUACCGAUACAACUGCAAAUGAUGAAGGGAAAAAUGAGUUUUCAAAACAAUGGCGUCAACUGAGAGCUUGUACAAGAUGCAGAAGGUUUAAAAAGAAAUGUUCGUUUGAAAAUCCAAGUUUCAAGUCUUGUGCUAGGUGUUUUAAAAAUGGAUACGAGUGUUCAUUUAAUGAAGAUCCAGCGAUGCAACCUUCACGAAAGAAAAAAAGAAAGAUUCAGAUAGAUGAUAAUACACACUCUUCCAUUGCUAACCAGUUGUUACUGACAUCUGAAAAUACUUUGAAAUUAUUACCGGAGAAGUUAAACGAUUUAUCUGAAGAUUCGAUUCAACAUCUUAUAUCCAAUUAUGAAUCGAUAAUGGACAAAUUGAAACUGAAAAUUAAACCUGAUACAUCUAAUGAAUUUCCUUAUAUCCCUUACAGUAAAAAUCUAGCAAAAGAGUUGAUUUAUCGGUAUAAUUAUCUUACUUUAGCUGAAGUUAAAACUAGACUUGACUUCUUCUUGAAUGAAAUAUUACCCUAUUAUCCCACAAUCCCAUUGUCUCGAAAAUUAAAAAAUUUCGACUAUAUGCUUGAGAAAUUCCCAUUAUUGUUGAUUGCAUGUAUUUUCGUUACUGUGUUGAAUGAUAAUAAUCUUGGAACAACACCAAUACUGAAAGAUAAUCUAAAGCUAUGUAACCUAUUGAGUUAUUAUCUUUAUUCGUUUAUUGCUCAUGAAGUGUAUGUGAAAUGUGAACAGUUUAAUAUCCAAUUGAUUUACGUUUGCUUGAUUCUGUCGUCUUGGUGUCUUCCACCUAUCAAACUAGGACAUUUUCGAAAUCAAUUGAAUUCUUUAACUGCAUCGAAUAUUGCAUUGUGUAUGGGGUUGAAUGAGCUUCCAAAAAAUUGUUUCGAAAUUCAUUUAGAUGAAGAAUCCGAAUUGAGAAACAAUUUAAGGGCAUUACUAAGUGUUUACUGCAGCUGUGGAUCAUUGGAAUUAUCAGUGAGAAGAUUCAAAGUUGUGACAUGGACUCAAAGCCAUCAAAUUGCCAUGAAUCGAUUAUUGGAAACUUCUUCCAAUCAACUACCAACUCUAGAAGACAGAUAUAUUUGUUAUUUUGCAGAAUUGGUUUUUACUGGUCAUGAGAUACUAGAUUUUGUAGACCAGAUUAACUUAGCCGUGAAUAGAUCAAGAAUAUCAUUGCUGAAUAUCAAACGUGCCCUCAGAAAAUACGAGCAGAGAUUAUCACAAAUAUUAGAUCAAAGUGGAUUUACAUCUACAAAACAAGCAUUAGCUUUACAAAUUCAGUAUUUUCAUUUAUUGGUUGUGAUUUAUGACAAUUUAGUUAGUGGGGUGUUUAAUCAAUCUGAUGAAAUAACACCGAACUAUGCAGACGAAAUACCAAGUUCAAAUGAAAGGCAAUUCUGUUUAAAAAUGAUUAUAAAAUUAAUUACACUGUGUGAAAGUCUUGUUGAUCAAUUUGUAAGGCUAAAUAACAACAUUAUUAAUAUUCCUUCAGUCUUGUACUAUCGUCCCAUGCACGCCUUAAUCUUGCUAGUAAGAUUAAGACUAAUUUUGAAAUUCCAAAAUUUUAAAGAUCUUGAAAUAGAUGUUGAAUCAUAUUUUACCAAAGUGUCUAGAGUAAUCAAUGACAAUUUAAUGAAAAACUCAUUGGUUUGUUCCAAAAUGAAGGUUGUGCUAAACAAAAUUGAGAAAUGGUUAAUUUUAUCACAAAAGUAUAUCAAAUCCGACAGCGUGGAGAAUAAUGGCCCCAUGAAUUUCGAUGUUGUAAAGAUAAUAUUUCAAAAUAAAGACAAAGAAAUAGAGAAUCUAGAUGUACCCAAAUCACACAACGAGUCUCCCAUAAAAACAAACACUACCAUUGAGUCACAAGAUCCGUCACCUGUAAAUUCAGUUGACAAUCCAUUUACCGCAAACAAUGAAUUUAAUGGCAUAAUCAGCUUAGAGCAGAUUUUUCAGGGAAUAGAUUCAGACAUUCUGCAUUAUUUAAAUCCAUUGGAAUCUAAUUUUGAUUUAAGUACCGAUUUUAAUAGAUUUUCAUAA